AUGAAAUUUGGGAGCUUGAUAGAUAAUGAGAAAGAAGAAGAUCUUGAGAAUGAAAAAACGAUGCAGAAAAAGCUUCAUGAAGCUGCCAUGAAUGGAGAAAUCCCAAUCCUGUUGCAACUUAUUCAAGAAAAUCCCAAAAUCCUCACCUCAAAAUUUUCUCCUAUACCCAAUAAUCCUUUGCACACAGCAGUGCUUCUUGGGCACCUUGAUUUCACCAAAGAACUCCUCGAUCGAAACCUAGAUAUGGCAAAUUCGUUGAAUUCACACGGUUCAACGGCUCUUCACUUGGCAUCAGCAAAGGGGAAUCUGAGUAUAGUGAAAUAUCUGCUUUUAAUCAAUCCUGAUAUUUGCUUUGUUUUGGAUCGUGAUGGGAGGAAUCCGCUUCAUCUGGCCGCAAUUAAAGGCCGAGUGGCUGUUUUGGGCGAACUUCUGCGGGCUAAGCCGGAGGUGGCGCCAGUUGCCAAGAAACAGAUUGAGGUCAUCAAUUAUGUGAUUGCCAAUACAAGAGUAGAGAUAGGGGCUCGAAAUGCGAAUGGUUGGACAGCACUGGAUGUCUUGUUGCAAAGCCCGGGAGACACCAGGGACUUGGAAAUCAAGCAACGUCUUCAGCAUGGAAGCGUUUCAAGAAUCGUGCACACACCAUUUCUUCCAUCCGAUGCAGAACUUCCUGAAAAUGACACUACAAGAAAGCAGCCUGAAAAGCACAAACACACAGAUUGCCGAGCAGUGUUAUAUGUGCUUAGAAAAUAUGGAUAUGUCAAGGAAAAGGAGAGAGAGCCUUUAGUUUAUGUAGAAGAAGAAGAAGAAAAUGAUGAGCUCUGA